CGAUCUAAAUGUUUUAUUUUAUUUUAGAUUUUAGAUUGGAAACCCGACUGCUGAUAUAAUCUCGUCCUGCCGAGUAAAUUAGUCACAUGAUUUCAUCAUGCCAUCAACACCACAAUUAUCACCACAGGAAGAGCAAGAAAAACUUCUCGAUGAAGCUACAAAAGUGGUUAAGAGUCAAUCUUUUCAGAUGAAAAGAUGUUUGGACAAAGGAAAAUUAAUGGAAGGCUUAAAGCAUGCUUCAAACAUGCUGGGAGAGCUGAGGACAUCUUUAUUGUCUCCAAAGACCUAUUAUGAGCUCUAUAUGGCCAUCUCUGAUGAAUUGCGUCAUUUGGAGCUCUAUCUUGUAGAAGAGUUCCAGAAAGGUCGAAAAGUUGCUGACUUGUAUGAACUUGUACAAUAUGCUGGCAAUAUAGUGCCACGCCUCUAUUUACUCAUAACUGUUGGUGUUGUUUAUAUCAAAUCGAACGAACUCUCUCGCAAAGACAUUCUGAAAGACUUGGUAGAGAUGUGCCGUGGUGUCCAACAUCCUCUUCGAGGUCUCUUUUUGAGAAACUACUUAUUACAGUGUACUCGCAAUGUUUUACCAGACGUAGCUGACGAAGCAGGAAAUUCUGCCAACAAUCAAGAGGUUUGGAGCCCAAAGCAUGUAGAUGGCAGAGAAAGAAAUGGUGAGGGAGACUAUGGGUCUAUACGUGAUUCCAUAGACUUCAUCCUGCUGAAUUUCUCUGAAAUGAAUAAAUUAUGGGUCCGCAUGCAACACCAAGGCCAUUCUCGUGAUAAAGACAAACGUGAGCAAGAGAGACGAGAAUUGCGUAUCUUGGUUGGAACCAAUCUCGUUCGCUUGAGUCAAUUAGAAACAAUUGAUGUGGACAAAUAUAAAAAGGUGAUGCCUGGCAUUUUGGAACAGGUUGUGAGUUGCCGUGAUGCCAUUGCCCAAGAAUACAUCAUGGAGUGUAUUAUACAGGUCUUCCCUGAUGAAUUCCAUCUUCAGACUCUGAAUGGUUUCUUGAGGGCCUGUGCUGAAUUGCAACAAUCUGUAAACAUUAAUAACAUUAUUAUUGCUUUAAUUGAAAGAUUGGCUCAUUAUGCUCAAAAUGAGGAAAGUUCUGGAAUCCCUUCUGAUAUUCCUUUGUUUGACAUAUUCACACAGCAAAUUGCUUUAAUUAUUCAGAACCGGCAAGACAUGCCUCCUGAAGAUAUUGUUGCUCUGCAGGUAGCUUUGAUUAACUUGGCGCUGAAGUGUUACCCUGACCGAGUGGAUUAUGUUGACAAAGUAUUAGAAACGACUGUUGAAAUAUUCAAUCGCCUUGAAAUGGAACAACUGAAAUAUGGAACUGCUGUCUCCAAAGAAUUAAUGCAUUUGUUAAAGAUUCCUAUUGAUGUCUACCAAAAUCUUCUGACUGUAUUGGAACUGAAACAUUUUGGGCCUCUCUUCAAAUAUUUUGAUUAUCACGGUCGCAAAACAAUGAGUGCUUUCCUGAUUAACAGUGCUCUUGAAAAUGACACAAAGAUCCUCACACCAGAACAGGUUGAUGACAUUUUAAACAUUGUUUCCAUCUUGAUAAAAGACCAAAGUGAUCAACCAGAAGAACCAGAUGAUCCUGAAGAUUUUUCUGAAGAACAAGGAUUGAUGGGAAGAUUCAUACAUCUAAUGGUAUCAGAUGAUCCAAACCAGCAAUUCCAUAUUUUGAACACAGCUCGUAAACAUUUCAGCAAUGGUGGUAAUGCUCGAAUAAAGUUUACUUUACCUCCAAUUGUCUUUGCUGCAUACCGCCUGGCUUUCCUCUACCAUUCUCUCCAGGAAGAGGAUGAACAGUGGCAAAAAAAAUGUGGCCGUAUAUUUCAGUUCUGUCAUCAGACCAUUGGUGCUUUAAUUAAGGCAGAACAAGCUGAGGUUCCAUUAAGAUUAUUUUUGCAGGGCGCAAUAGCUGCAGGAAAAAUCCAGUAUGAAAAUUAUGAAUCUGUUGCUUAUGAGUUCAUGUCACAGGCAUUUUCUUUAUAUGAAGAUGAAAUCAGCGAUAGUAAAGCACAGCUUGCUGCCAUCACCUUGAUUAUUGGUACUUUAGAGCAGAUGUCUUGCUUCAGUGAAGAGAAUCAUGAACCACUGCGUACACAAUGUGCUCUCGCAGCAUCUAAACUUCUGAAGAAACCUGACCAGUGCCGUGGUGUUGCUACUUGUUCCCAUUUGUUUUGGUCUGGAAAGAAGAAUAACCAGGAAGAGAAUUCCCCUAAGAUCUUUGUGAAAAUGCAUGAUGGGAAACGAGUGGCAGAAUGUCUGAAGAAGGGAGUCAAAAUUGCCAACCAGUGCAUGGACAAUUCUGUUCAAGUUCAACUUUUUGUUGAACUUCUCAAUCAUUACAUUUAUUUCUUUGAAAAAGGAAAUGAUCAAAUAACUAUUCCAGUAUUAAACCAGCUUAUUACAAAAAUCCGAGAAGAUUUGCCAAAUUUAGAGGCCAAUGAAGAAACAGAGCAAAUUAACAAGCAUUUUCAGAACACAUUGGAACAUCUCCAAAUGCGUAUUGCAAACAAUGAUUCUGGUAGUCCAUCUUAUGAAGGACUGACACUAUAGGAAACUCUAAAUCAAUUCUACCAUCAUGUUUUUUUUUUCAUUGAUGUUAGCCAUCUAACACUAGAGAAUUCUUCUCUCCAUCCUUUGGCUGUAAGUAAUUUCUGAAUGCUGCUAUAUGUGAUUUAGGUGGGGGCAUUUUUUUUUUUCUUUUUAUAUAAUCACCUAAACUCAUGAUGUAUUAUAGAAAGGACUUUUUGAGGAAAGAAACAAACAACAAAAUAGAAAGGUGCAUAGACCUUGUUGAGUAUUAUUAUUAUUAUUAUUAUUAUAUAAACAUUUAUUAUUCUAUGAAGAAAAACGAAAUCAUGAUUUGUAUUUAACAAGAAAUAAUGAAGUCUAAAUUGUAAAUGA